UUGCAAAGUACGGUGCUACAGUCUGGCGUCGUUAGUCAACGUAUGCGGAUCUCGUGGAUUCCACGAUUUUUUAACUUCUUUUCUCUCCCUCUUUCUCUCUCUCUCGCCGCGCGCUCUUUUACACACACAUACACACACAACUUUCUUUUUCUCUCUCUCCCUCUCAUUUUUUUUUACCUCUACAUCACACGCCUUGCACCCUCUCAAAACUGCAUCUGAUUAUCGUCGUACAAAAUUCACGACAAUCUUUAUAACAAUCAGAUAAGGGAGAGUCGCCGAGGAAUGUCGAAAGUCGAAUGUCGUGUCGAGCAAGUGCCGUGACUCAAAGGUGUUUCAAGUGUCAAAUUUAUUCAUUGGGAAAAUUUAAAAAUACACAAUUUGACGUGGAGGGCAAACAAAAAGGUGGAAUCGAGAGGACUAUUUGGUUGGAGUCUAAACAAUUUGGGUGCCUCAAUGUUAAUAGAACUAAAACGAUAAUGCGUAAAAAAAUACAUGAUCGUUAAAUGUUUUAAAUAAUAAAAAGUGUAUUCCCAAAAAUUUGGCUGUGAAAUAGAAAGAAAAAUAAUUGAAAUUAAAAAAAAAAAAAAGUAGUGAAAAAAGUGUAAGAGUGCCUAUAAUUUGCAUAAUGAUGACACGACGCGCCAAUAAAAGUGCACAAAAACGUUCCGAGUGCGCUCCUCGUGGUGUCGUCGGUACCAUAGGAGGUUAUGUGAGUUAUGAUUAAUUAAAACGACACCAGCAACAGCAUUAACAGCAGGACAGAUUCAGCACGGUGCCUCGAUUAAUUAGAGGCCCAUCGCGUUAUCUAUCUACAGCCUAAAGGAAAAACUGAGAAAACUGGAGCGGAGACAGAAUGGGGGGCUGCGGAGUAUUUUGGUCUCAGCUGCGUGCGAUGCUGAUCAGAAAUGUUCUUCUUAAGAAAAGGGAUAAACGAAAGACAAUUGCGGAGAUCUUUCUACCCCUUUACAUCCUGGGGAUUUUAAUUGUGGUUAAGGUACUAAUUCCUAAUCCGAAUUAUCCUGCAAUGACCACUCAAAGGCAGGAAGGGGAUGUUUUCGAGUUCUUUGAUAUCAACAAAACCAUCGCAGUUGUUCCCAAUUCAAAUGAAACUCAAACAUUUUUAAAUUCCAUGAAUACCCUAUGGAUGAGUACGUGGGAAUAUCGAAAACUUCCUUUAAGUUUUAUGAUGUACGACACGAAGGAUGAUCUACAAGCAGCUUAUUGGAGAGAUCCUGCCAGUGUUCCUAUAGCAGUUAUUUUCGAACAUUCCUCACCAAUAUCUCAAAAUUUAUCAUAUGAAAUAAGAAUAAAUCCAACGAACACAAUGCCCCCAUCUCCCGCAGAAAAACAUUCAUCACCCGUAACGUGUCGAAAAAAUUUCAGUCAUUGGAUGGGUGGACUUUUGUCAAUAGAAACUGGCAGAAAUUGCCCGGCAAACAAUUACUUCACCUCAGGAUUUAUGGCCUUGCAGAUGAUCAUGGACAUUACAAAAAUUAGAUUAGACACGAAGAAUAAUGAAAUAACAGUGCCUGGUAUAAAAUUAGAAAUGUUUCCAAAGGAAGCUUUCACUGCAGACUGGAUGCUCGCUUUUAGGGUGGUAAUUCCACUCUAUAUGGUAGUUGCUCUGUCUCAAUUCAUCACCUACCUCCUAAUUCUGAUAGUCGGCGAGAAGGAAAAUAAAAUCAAGGAGGGUAUGAAAAUCAUGGGAUUAAAGGAUUCUGUCUUUUGGUUAUCUUGGUUUAUCAUCUAUGCAAUAUUUGUUUUAUUGCUAUCAGCGGUGGCAGUUGUGCUUCUUUUUACACUUCAAAUGUUCCAGCAUACACAUUUCCUACCGAUAUUCUUGCUCGUGGUACUUUACAGUUUCUCGGUGAUCAUGAUAGCUUUUAUGAUAACACCCUUCUUCGACAAAUCUCGUACCGCAGGUGUUCUUGGAAAUUUUGCCGUAACGAUACUAAGUCUUGUGUACUUCAUUCAAGUCUUCGUUGAUGAUUCCAGCUCGAUAGCUUUUUGGGUAGUUUCCCUUUUGAGUCCCACAUGUGUUGCUUUAGCAAUGGAUAAGGCUCUCGUGUUAGAUCUACAAGGCGAGGGAGUAAAUUUCGACAAUCUUUGGUCAGGUCCAGGAAUCCCAUUCGGUGGUAGUAUUGUGAUGUUAACUUUAGAUAUCUUUCUUUAUGGAUUGCUGGCUUAUUAUCUGGAUUCAGUUAUUCCAAGUGAAUACGGCAUCAAAAGACCCGCCUGGUUUUGUUUCGUUCCCGGAUUUUGGUGUCGAAAAAAACCGCAAAGGGUACCCACAUCAAAUGGCGAAUCGAAUUCCUUUAUCCCAGGAGAAGAGAAAAAUCGAGAUGUGGAGCCAGUGGUGCGAGAAAUGAAGGGUCGCGAAGCAAUAAGGAUAGUCGACUUAUAUAAAUCGUAUCACAAAUGUCGUAGACCAGAAACGAAAGCUGUCAAUGGCAUCAAUUUAACGAUUUAUGAAGGGCAGAUUACUGCUAUUUUGGGGCACAAUGGAGCAGGAAAAACGACAUUGUUUAAUAUUUUAACAGGACUUACAGCACCAACAGCAGGAACGGCAUUUAUUUUUGGCUACGAUGUUAGAGAUUCUAAUGAUAUGCAUAUGAUUAGAAGUAUGACUGGAGUGUGUCCUCAACAUGAUAUUUUAUUUGAUCUUCUAACACCAAGAGAACAUCUUGAAUUCUUUGCUGCCGUCAGAGGUAUUCCAAGAUCCAUGAUUGAACCAGAGGUGAAGAAAACUUUGAAAGACAUUGAUUUAAUUGAAAAAGCAGAUACAUUCGCAAAAUAUCUAAGCGGUGGUCAAAAACGAAAACUAUCAGUUGGCAUUGCCAUAAUUGGCGAUCCAAAAAUAAUUAUCCUGGACGAACCAACAGCGGGCGUUGAUCCUUAUUCACGGAGACAAAUGUGGUCCUUUUUACAGUCGAGAAGACACGGCAAGGUUAUUUUACUGACAACACAUUUUAUGGAUGAGGCCGAUAUUUUAGCUGAUAGAAAGGCUGUCAUUAGUAAAGGAAAAUUGAGAUGUUGUGGAAGUUCUCUGUUUCUUAAAAAUAAAUUUGGAAUUGGCUAUCACUUGACUCUUGUCUUGGAGGGAAAUGCCAGAGAACACGCGAUAACUCGUCUCGUAACAUCUCACGUUUCAAAAGCAGAAAAAGCAAGACGACACGGCCGUGAAUUGAGUUUUAUUUUACCGCACAAUUCAGUGGAAAAUUUUGCACCACUUUUUUCAGCGAUUGAACAGGAAAUAAAAACAAAAGCAUCACGAUUGGGUAUCAGUAGCUAUGGUGUAUCAAUGACAACAUUAGAGGAAGUUUUUCUACAUUUAGAAAAAGAUGAAGAAACUGAAUGUACAAUGGAUAAUUUAUCAAAGAAAAUGGUUCGAAAUCGAGCACUAAGUCGUUCACUCUCAUUACAAUCAAAAAGUACAUCCUAUCAAAGUUUACAAAAUGAAGGUGCAACUGUUCAAACUGAUGGACAAGUCAAAGGAGCUGUUGAUAUGCAAGAUGGAAUAAACGAGAAAAACCCCGCGAUACUUGGCCUGGGUUUGGACCCAAUUAAAAUCCGGCCUAACUGUCUCCAAACUUUGUACGCAAUGUUGCGAUUACGAGUUUUAAGAUUGUUGAGGAAUAUUCAACUUCUUUAUUUUAUGAUUGUCGCUCCACUUGCCCUUGUUGCUCUUGGAUUAUAUGUAAACAGUAUUCAAAAAGUUGAAAUGGGAAUACAAAGUUUGUCACUCAGCAAUGACACAUAUCAAGACGAAACGAGAAUUCUCUUCACAAAUCAGAGCAGUCAUGAUAUUGCUCCAUUUUUAAAUCAAAUCAAACAGGAUGUGAAUUAUGUGGAAGAAUUUAAGGGAAAAUAUGCCGAUCUUCUUGAUAUGGCGCCACACAUGGCUGUUUUGAAUAUUAAUUCAUUUGACAAUGAACACAUGAAUUUGACUAUUUCCUACAAUGACACUAUGCAACAUUCCUUGCCGGUUCUUGCAAAUAUUAUUUCCAAUUCUUAUCUAAGACUUUUAAAGAAAACAGACGAAGUAGAUGUUAUUAAUGUUACAAGCCGACCGUUUCAACAAACAUCACAGCCCCAGGAAUUUAAUAUCGGCGUCGCAAGUUCAGCGCUUUUAAUCGGAAUGGAUUUUGUAUUAGUACCAAUUACUCUGGCCGUGGAUAUGGUUUAUGAUCGAGAGAUAAAAGCAAAGAAUCAACUCCGCGUGAAUGGUCUCUCGUUUACGAUGUAUUUUAUCACGUAUUUUAUCGUCUUGGUUGGAUUGAUGAGUAUUAUUUGCCUCUGUAUACUUGGGAUUAUAUUCCUCUUUGAUGUUCCAUCACUUCAAGAAAUACCAGCACUUCUCACACUCGGUAGUUUACUCAUGCUUUAUUGUCCAUCGUCAAUAUUAUUUUCCACAUGUCUCAGUUAUAUUUUCGAUAAAAUGGAUUCUGCUCAAAGUAUCUUGCCAAAUAUAGCAACAUUUUUUGGCCUCAUACCAUUUCUACUAGUCAUGAUUUUAGAUAUGUUGGGCGUUGGUGGAACUGCAGCAUUUGCUCUUCAUGUUGUUUUCUCAUUAUUGAAUACAAUGUACGUUCCGUAUGCGGCGGUUUAUUAUGUUGAUCGUGUUCAUCUAAUGUGCUCAAUAAACACGGCUUGUCAACAUUUGACAUUGUCCGAUUAUUUGACGACUGAAAUAAUUAUCAUGGGUGUUGGAGUUAUUCUUCAUUGUCCUGUUUGGUUCUUUGUUCUACUUCUACUCGAUAUCAAGAAGAGUGGUGGCAAUAUCAGCGAUUUAUUUAAAUAUUUUACCAGAAACGGUGGCUCGAUUGGAGAAGAAAUUAUGGAGAACCCUGACAUUGGAGAACAUGAGGACAUAGACGUGAAAAACGAGCGACAAAAAGUUUUCAAUUUAAUUAGCACUUCGGCUGUUCAGGAGCCUCCUGUUGUUUUAGUUCAAAAUUUAAGAAAAGAAUAUCAACGCGAAGUUGGAAUGUGCAAUUGUUGCACAAAACGUGAACAACAAACAACGCCUUCGUGUAAAUUGGCCGUGAGAAAUUUAUCAUUGGCCGUCGAACCAGGUGAAGUUUUUGGUUUAUUGGGUCACAAUGGAGCGGGAAAAACGACAACAAUGAAGAUAAUAAUAGCCGAAGAGGCUGCGUCCCGAGGCAAAGUUCAAAUUAGCGGUUUAAAUAUCAAUUCCCAUAUGAAUGAAGCUUUUCGAAAAAUGGGUUAUUGUCCUCAACAUGAUGCUCAAUGGAAAAAUAUCACAGUCAGGGAACAUUUAGAAUGUUACGCUGCUAUACGCGGUGUUCCUUGGGUUGAAGUCAAUCGAAUUGUAGAUUUAUAUCUAUCGGGGCUACAAAUUUACGAACAUGCCGAUAAACAAACUCAAGAAUGUUCUGGAGGAACGAGACGAAAACUCAGUUUUGCAAUGGCAAUGGUGGGUGGACCAAAAGUUGUUCUUAUGGACGAGCCUAGCACUGGAAUGGAUCCAAGAUCAAAAAGGUUCCUCUGGGACACAAUUCUCGCCAGUUUCCAGGGUGGCAGAGGUGCAAUUUUAACGACUCACUCAAUGGAGGAAGCCGAUGCACUUUGCUCGCGAGUUGGAAUAAUGGUGAAGGGUGAAUUGAGGUGUAUUGGUUCGACUCAACAUCUCAAAAAUCUCUAUGGUGCUGGCUAUACAUUGGAAAUAAAACUCUUGGGUGGUGAUUCCACUCCAACGACACCGUCUUGUGAUAGAAUGACAGGAUUAAAAGAAUUUGUUGCAGGAUUAUUUUCCGAUGCAACAUUAGAGGAAAGUUUUGUCGAUAGACUGGUAUUUUCUGUGCCCCAACAUGCGGUACACUCGCUGGCCGAAUGUUUCACGCAGUUGGAAAAAGCUAAACUAGAAUUAGAUAUCGAGGAAUACAGUUUUAGUCAAACAACAUUGGAGCAAGUGUUCCUUAAGUUCUCUCACUACGAUGACAUGAACGAAAAGGAAUGAUGACAAAAAGUGUCUAAUGAAAAAAAAAGAAAAUAAAAGUGAUAAGUCCAUUCCAUGAAGCGAGUGAGAUUAUAUUUUCUAGAAUAACGCGCAAGAAUGAUUGAACUAAAAAAAAUUAAAACAAAAAUUUGAGUGGUUGUGAAGAUUAAUAAAUCACAGACAAUUUAAGCAAGUGUUAUCAAGUGAUUUGAACUUGAAUUUAAAACUUGUGAAUGAUGUGAGAAUAAAGAGUGGUCAGGUACCAUUGUGGAAGUGUGUUCUAUAUCUAUACUUUUUUUUAAGUCAUAUGUAUAAUUCAUUCUCCUUCAAUUUGCCUUGAUCGCUAUUAACAGGAAAAAAUCACAUUUUUUUAACAAUUUCAACUCUGUAUAGAAUUUCAAAGAAACAAAGAUUCUUUUUUUUUUUUUGUUUGAAAAUUAUGAAAAGACAAUCUCAUUAUUUGUUGAUUUUUAUCGUGACGAGUGAAGCCAACAAAAAUUGUGAUUUCUAUAUGAAGGUAUUCCAAUGAAGGCAUUCCUUUUUUGUAUUCAAUGUUGUAUUUGACGAUUAUUAUAUAUACAUAAUAAAAAAAUAUAUCGCAAAUAUUUAACAAAAUAUCAACGUCCGAUAAGCCUUCAUUGGAAAACCAUAAAUGUUUUCAUCGAGAACUGAUAAUAGACCGUUUUUUUACGUCUUUUAUGAAAAUUAACGGAAAAUAUAGAAAGCUAAUAAGAUGUUAAAACAAAACAAUGUUAGUUAUAUAGAAACGAAGAAACAAGUGAUUAGUGAUAAAUUUUCUUGUCUUUCAUUUUUAAUUUACCUCAAAAUAAUUAAUUACCUAGUAAUUUAUUGUAAUGUUCAUUUUAGUUAAUUAUAUUUUAAUAAUUAUAUCCUAUUAUAAUUUAAUUAAGAUUUAUUGUGAUUAUACGUUCCGCUAAGGAAAAGUUUUUAAUUAAAAAGAAAAAUUGUAUAAAUUUUUAUUCACAUUUAAUAUUUUUUUAACUUUUGAAUUCAAAAUUAUGUUAUAAAAAUUGUUUUUCUAAAUUCAACACUGUUUUGUGAUAACGUAUUUUGUGAUUUUGACACUAUCAUUUACUAUCUUGUAAGUUGUUAUAUAGAAACUUUAUCAAGAAACAAAAAUUAAAGAUAAGAGAAAAAAAGAACAUCUCCUUUGAGAGAGUGCAAUCCUUUUAAAGUUUCACGAAAGUGAGAAUACUUUUUUUUAAAUAUUGAAUCUUUGUAAGAAACAAUAUGUUAUAAAAUAAUGAACUUUAUAGUUAUAAAAAAAAAUUGUAAAACACGAUCGAAGAAUUUAGAUAAACGUGAGAUUGUAUUAAAUGCGCGUAUCUUGUUUUUUUCAGAGUGAGAAAAAGAGAGAAAGAAAGCAAAAUUUAGAGAGCUUUUGCAAAAGUCAAGUUCAUAAAAUUAAAUGAUUAAGGAAGUUUAGAAUUUAUCAUUAAUGUAGUAAAAUGAAAAAAUAUAUAUCUGAAAAAAAAUGUCCAAGACAUGUACUGAGAUGAGAAAAACUCGUAUAUCAAUAUUAUUACUUCAUUUCACUUGUACAAACUAGUAUCAAAUAUUACAUUACUAGGGACUUUCUUAAUCUUGCUUAAUCUUAAAAGAACACCGGAUCAUAGAUUAUAGAUUGUUAUAACCAAAUCUGAGCAAUUGUGAGUAGGCUAAUUAAAUAAUGGACAUUCUAAAUUUUAUUAACUAUUCCUUAAUUUUCUUCCGUUCUGUUCGAAAUUUCCAACAAUUUGUAAUUUAUCGAAAUUUUUUAUAAUGCGUAUUUAAUUAAUUUAAAUUGAAAUUAAAUUAAUUAUUUAUCAAUUAUUUUAAUUAUUAUAUUAUCUGAAUUUAUUUAUUUCUUAUGUAAAAAAUAUUUUUUAAAAAUUGAUUCGAUUUUAUUAACAAAUUUCGUAAUUAUACUAAUCUACUCAGUUCAUUAAUUUAAUUCAAUAAAUCAGAACGAAUAAAAAGCAAAAUAAAAUCUGGAAGUCCAAAAGCUCCCAAAUGAAUAUUUAGAAAAAAAAUAUUCUCAUCGUUAAAGUUUUAUAAAUUUUUAACGAAACAUUUAUUGUUGGACCUUUUAACAGAACAGUCUGAAUCUCGAUUAAUGAAAAAUUCUCUUAAGAGUUUAAUUUUAGAAAAAUUAAUCCUAAUGACUAAAGACAAAACUUUGUAAAUAACGAACUUCAAAAAUUGAUUUGCAAAAAAUUAAUACUUAGGUAUGUGUGCACGAAUAAGAGGGAGAGAGAGAAAGAGUGUGAAUAUAAAGUGUGAAACUCGGUGUGAGAGUACAAUCGAAAGCAGAAAUUAAAUUAUUAGUCGAAUCCUAGUAAAAAAAAUCGCUCCAAAAUUAAAUUUUAAUGUUAAAUUUUAAUUGAAUAUUAAAUUUUAAAAAUUAAAUUUUAAUUUCCAUUAAAUUCAAUUAAAAUUUAAAUUAAAAUUAAAAAAAAAUUUCGAGCGAAACAAAAUCUGAGAGUAAUAAAAUGUAUCUUUUACGAUUUUAUGAUAAAAAAAAAUCAUGGCCAGUCGAUUUAAAAAAUCUGCCUCCUGAGUGUAGAUAAUCUGGGAUCGAUUAGCUCAAAAACGCAACUACGAGGACUGAAUGAAAAUAAAACAUUUUGUAGAUGAAAUUUUAGGUAGUGCAAUUUGAAAAAUUUUAUCACAAUUGGAUUUUUUUUGUAAAUACGAUGUUACACGAAUAAAAAAAAAUCAUACUGUAAUGAAUAUAAAUGAGACGCAGGUGCGUAUUACUCGCAUUUACAGGGAGUUUUAUGCCCUUUAGUAAUUAACAAAUAAUAUAAAAAAAAAUUUAGUCAAUUAUUAUAAAAAAUGAUCAUUAAAAAAAAAAUGACAAUUAUUGCUACUUGUUUUUGUGAUUUUAUCUCGAAAAUUCAAAAACAAAAAACAAUAUGUUACUUUUUUAUAAUCAUUAUAAAACUGCGCUUUCAUCAGCGGGAAAUUUAUUAUUUUAAUUAUUUAUCAUUAAAAACUAUCACCGCAUUAAUUUAUAUACAUAUAAUAAAUAUAUAUAAAUAAUCUGCAAGCAAUAGAAAAUUUUUAUUCGUAAAAUAUUAUGCUUAAUUCUUAUUAUAAUGAAUAAAUUGUUUUCACUAUUGAAAGGUGAAUAUUGAAUUGAGAGAAAAUGUUGCCUCAGUUUCCUUGCUGUUUCGAAAAAAAAAGAAAAAAAAAGUCAAUAUUGCAGACUUCCAAAAGCAAUUUUUCUACACAUGAAAAAAAAUUCAACUUUUAAUCUAUAUUAUAUAUUUUAAAAAAUUGCUAUUUACGAAAGAUGUCAAAUUACCGAAAAAAAGCUGUAAAAAAUAGCGAAUACGUAUUAACGCAAAAAAUUUACCGCUUGUGUUCAACUUAUAAUUACGUUUUUAAAACGUAAAAAACUGAUGAAAUUAUAGCGCUUUAUGCGAUAAUUCGUAAUCGCUGAAAAUUAUAUUAUUAACAUUUUUCCAUUCUAUUGUAUAAUUUUUAUAAUUUUAACUAAUAGAUUUUUUAAGAAUCAUGAAAAAAAGAACCACAAAAGCAUUUAAUAAUAUAUAUAUAACAACCACUAAUCAUCUGCAAAAAUAAUUUUGUAGUGAUUCGCAUUGAUAUAUAUACAGAAUCAAAAAAAAAAGAAAAAAAAAUGAAAAAAACGAAGGAACAAAGGAAACUGAUAUCGGCAUGUAUAUUUAUUGUGUAAAAUGAAUGUAAUGAAGUGUUUGACAAAAGCUUUUUCACUAAUAAAAAAAAAUUAGUGAGACAUUGAA